UUGGCCCCCUCUCGUCCAGGCCUGAGGAUCCUUUCAUCAUCGACGACCUUCGCAAGGUUUCUUUUCUUCACGAUACAGGUCUUCUUCUUUGGGGUUUGCAGAACAUCCUUUUGGAUUUUUUUUGUUCCUAUCUUGUUGGGCCUUUCCCCCUUUCUUUGUUCAUCUACCUCACCCACCUCGUCUUCGUAACGACAACCCGGUUCGUCGCUCACUCUUGCCCGCCAAGUAGAAUCGGUAAUCUUGGCGGCCUGGUUCUCAUUUAAAAACACAGACCACAGUCGCUCGCCCAAGCAGAAUCCUGUGCUACUACCCCCACCCGCUGGCCGACCCUAAAUCGAAACGCGCUACGCCAAUACCAACCAUCGCUGCCAACAGCAACUCAGACAUUGGACAUAGCUGAGUGUGCUCGGGUCCUCAUUUCCUGUUUACUUCUAUUCGACCUGUUGCCCACGACGAUCUUUACACGCCCACAAUAGAGUGCUGGUCCCUACUCCAGUUUUUUCGGCUGGACUCGAGUUGUGUGGCAUGCCAUUUACUUCUUGAUUCGCCAUCUUUUGAACGUAUAGGUACAGCAAACAAGUACUGUAUCUUGACGCUACGCACUGUGGUUUUUUCUUUCUCCCUUCUUUCCAUGAGCCAACCUUCCAAAUAAACGGAGGUUCUUUUUGGUACGUCUCUGUACACAAACAGAGGUCAUUCGACUUUUCGAUCAACUUACGAACAAAAAAAAAUCGACGACAAUGUCUGCCCCGAAUCAACAAGGGGGUGCACCACCCGCGGCAGAGGGCGGCGCGCCUCAAGGAGGAAACGGCACAAUGAACGGAACAGCUCCUGCCCUCCAAGGAGCAGGGGCUACCAAACCGAACGACGCGGGACUCGAGAACGUUUUGCUGUCGAACUAUCUGUACUAUGUUAUCGGCUCCGUCGCUCUGGCAUUGAUUGUUUGGAGGAUAUCAACUUGGAUUGUUCGCUACACCAGGCAGGUGUCGAGUCUCAACAACGAAACGCAACGGUACUUCGCGAAGGAAAACAGCAAGUGGAUGUGGUUCAAGAGGGAAUUGCAAUAUGCACCCAUCUUCAGGAAACGACACAACCGUGAGAUCCAGAUCAGCUCGGCCAUCAACGUUGGCACCCUCCCUUCGCGCCUUCAGCUCGUUUUGCUCGCCGGCUACUGUGCCACCAACAUUCUCUUUUGCGUCUGGAAGAUCCCCCUGCACAAGAACUUCGACUCGGUAGCCAGCCAGCUCCGCAACCGCACUGGUGUCUUAUCUGUCGUCAACAUGGUUCCCCUCUUCCUCAUGGCCGCCCGGAAUAACCCGCUCAUUCCCCUGCUGGGGAUUUCCUUCGACACCAUGAACCUGAUGCACAGAUGGUUCGGUCGCAUUGUGGUCGCCGAGGCUAUCAUCCACACCGUCGCCUACAUGGUUCCCAAGGGCACCGCCGGCAUGUCUGCCGGCCAAAUCUUCCAGAGGGUCUUUGCGUCUGAUUUCCUGAUGCCGGGCAUGAUUGGAACCAUUGCCUUUACUUUCAUCCUCUUCCAGGCUUCCAGCCCGGCCAGGCACGCAUUCUACGAGACGUUCAAGAUCCUCCACAUUCUUGCUGCCGCAGUGUCGGUUGCGGGAGUCUGGUACCACUUGUCCCUCGAGACCCUUCCCCAGCUGCCGUAUAUUUACGGCGUCAUCUCGAUCUGGGCUGCCGACCGCGGUGCUCGCAUGCUCCGUGUCGCCUACGGCAACUUUGGAUCUGGUGGCAGCAAAACCCUCGUAGAGGCCCUGCCUGAUAACGCCGUCAGGGUCACCGUGAACAUGGCUCGCCCCUGGAAGUUCAAGCCCGGCCAGCAUGCUUACCUCUACUUCCCUACCAUCAGCUGGACCCAGUCUCACCCAUUCUCAGUGGCCUGGUCCGAGGAAGGCGAGCGGCCCGACGGUGAGAAGGGCCUCGCCAUGAGCAGGCAGGAUGUGGCCGCGACACGCAAGACGAGCAUCUCUUAUGUUAUCCGGGCCCGUACUGGUGCCACGGCGGCUCUUUACAAGAAGGCUGCCGCAAACCCGGGCGGGCGCCUGUUGACCACGUGUUGGGCCGAGGGUCCCUAUGGCGGCAUGCACAGCAUGGCGUCGUAUGGCACCGCCAUGCUCUUCGCCGGUGGUGUGGGUAUCACACAGGCGGUGCCGCACGUGCGCGAACUGGUGGCUGGUUUUGCCGAUGGCACCGUUGCCGCGCGCAAAGUCGUCCUUGUCUGGAUCAUCCAAUCCCCUGAGCACCUCGAGUGGAUCAGGCCGUGGAUGACUGAAAUCCUGGCUAUGGAGCGUCGUCGCGAUGUCCUUCGCAUUAUGCUUUUCGUGUCCCGGCCACGCUCCACCAAGGAGAUUCACUCGCCGUCGGCAACAGUCCAAAUGUUCCCCGGCAGGCCCAACAUUGAGACGCUUCUGUCCAUGGAGAUGGAGAACCAGGUCGGCACUGUCGGCGUCUCGGUGUGUGGACCCGGUGCCCUCAGCGACGAAGUGCGUUGCGCCGUGCGCAAGAGACAGGAAUUUGGCGCCAUUGACUUCUGCGAGGAGGCUUUCUCCUGGUAAAUAUAUACCAUUGCCACACCGUUGGCAGCUUGAAUGAAUACCCCCAGACUUGGAGAAGGCGUGCCUCAUCAAGUCUCGAUACGUUUCCUUGUACAUAUGAUCACCACAGGUUUUGGGUCACAACUUGGAAUCUUGUUCAUCGAUGGUUGGGGACAACUUCUGCUAUUUUCGCACAUCAACUAGCAAAAAGUUUCUCGAACCGUCCUAUUUUCUUGUACAUAUUUGUCGUCCAUGUUUUCUCUUUGCUUUUUUUAAGUCCUAUUUUAGCGUGACAAAGGCCUUCCAGUUCUGUGUGUGUGGGUUCGGGAGUUGUUCAUUGUGUCAAUCUAGUUCUAGAUGAGAGCUAGAUUUCUAGGAGUUACUGAUGUCUAUCAGAAAUCAUCAAAAUGUCAAAGACACAUUUUCAAGAAACUGUCAUCUCGUUCAUUCGCACAUUUUCAAUUAAUGAUUAUAUUCGACGUAUUUGAUGCUAUGAUGGUGCCGACAUGGGAGGAGCCGAUCAGU